CACGCUGUCUUUCAGUGAUGUAGUUCUCCGUUAGAGCUCUUAGCAUGGGUAAAUUGACUCCCGGAUUAUCCAUGUGCUGGCUGAUUCUCCAGUUUCUUGUGUAUUCAGAGGAAGCCCUUUUAUCUACCGCUGAACUUUCAGUAGAUCCACCAAAGAUCAGUGUGACGAUAAUAAAUAAGCUGUACAUUCGAGUCACUUGGAAGCGAGAGGGUCCAUGGAGCAACGUCAGAGAUUUCACUGUCGAUUUCAGAGGCAGUGGUGAAAGGCCUACUUCUAAAUAUUGUACUGGCCUGAAAAUACCAUGCAGCAGCGACGUUUGUAGUUUUGAAAGUAACGAACGCUGCCCAAGUUUUGGUGUAUGCUAUGACGUGGGAGUUGUUAUAAGAGGAAAUGGCUACAGCUCUCGUGAAUUAAAAAUACGAACAGAUGCUUACACGCCAGCCUCUGUCAGCGUAGACUCGAACGGCAGCACGCUGAAUAUUUCCUGGAGAGGCCCAGCAAAUAAGGACGGAGAUUGCUAUGCCGGCUCUGUCCUCACCAUAUCGACGCCAUGGACGGAAUACAGCGCCACUUUCACCGAAAUCCUUAACCAGUAUCAGUACAGCCACAAUCUUACAGGCUGUGAUGUAGGGAAUGUAACGGCGUCCCUGAGGUCUUUCGAUCUGACGGGGAACAGCGACACGGUGACCAACAGCACAGAGUACUUGGGGGAAAGUGCUUUCCCUGUCAUCAGUGAUCUGAGAGUUACUUCUGGACGCAGAAGUCUUUUUGUAGCUUGGGAUCUCAUUGAAAAUUGUACAGAGGUGACCUACCUACUGACAUGGACGCCUCAGGACGCCGGUGGAGAAACAACAGUUUCAAGCACUUUUGCCAACAUCCCAGGACUAUCGCCCCAUCAAGAAUAUUUGGUCACAGUUCAGCCUCGGGAAGGAAUACAUAACUUAGGAGCACCGAGAAGUGAAAAAGUAUCCACAGAAUAUGAAGAUUACCCAGAGGUCAACGUGACAGUAAUAAAUAAGCUGCACAUCCGAGUCACUUGGAAGCGAGAGGGUCCAUGGAGUGCCGUAAAGGAUUUCACCGUCGACUUCAGAAGCAUCGGUGAAAGGCCUACCUCGCAACCUUGCACUGGCCAGAUAAUACCAUGCAGUAGAUAUUUAUGUAGUUUUGACAGUAACGAACGCUGCCCAGGUUUUGGUGUCUGCCGUGAUGUGGGAAUCGUUAUAAAAGGAAAUGAAUAUAGCAGUGAUGAGCUUCAAGUACGGACAGAUGCUUACACGCCAGCCUCUGUCAGUGUAGACUCGAACGGCGGCACGCUGAAUAUUUCCUGGAGAGGCCCAGCAAAUAAGGACGGAGAUUGCUAUGCCGGCUCUGUCCUCACCAUAUCGACGCCAUGGACGGAAUACAGCGCCACUUUCACCGAAAUCCUUAACCAGUAUCAGUACAGCCACAAUCUUACAGGCUGUGAUGUAGGGAAUGUAACGGCGUCCCUGAGGUCUUUCGAUCUGAUGGGGAACAGCGACACGGUGACCAACAGCACAGAGUACUUGGGGGAAAAUGCUUACCCUGUCAUCGAUGACCUGAAAGUUACACCUGAACGGAGAAGUGCUUUUGUAACUUGGGACCUUCUAGGAAACUGCACAAAAGUGACCUCCUAUCUACUGUCAUGGACAUCUCUGGACGCCGUUGGAGAAAUAACAGUUUUAAGCACCUUUGCCAACAUCACAGGCUUGUCCCCCUGUCAAGAAUAUUCGCUAGCAGUGCAGUCACUGAAAGAAACGGAUAACUUGGGAGCACCAAGAAAUGAAGAAAUACUCACAGGUUAUGAAGUUCCUCAAGCACCAACCAAUGUGACAGUACUGGCAAUGGAAAGAAAGUCAGAUAGUCUACACUUAACUUGGAUCCAGCCCACCCCUCCCGGUCCCCUGUGCCCCAUCACUACCAACCACAUCAGCUGGUCUAGAGCCGACACUGGUGGAUCAGCUGGCGAGGAAGAAAUCGCUGCUGGUUCAUCCUACACCAUCACCGGCCUGGAUCCCUGUGCUCAAUACAGCAUCACUGUGAGAGCGGGUAAUAAGGAGGGUUAUGGGGACCAAUAUGAAGAGAACAUUGGAAGCACAUUUGCCAAACCUCCACAAGCACCAUCCAAUAUAAGAGUGCUGAUGGUGGAAAAUGUGUCAGACCACUUGGAUGUGACCUGGACACAGCCUGCACCUCCUGGACCCUUGUGCCCCAUUACUAACAACACCAUAAGGUGGACUCUAGCCGAAACAGGGGAUGCAGUUGGUCAUGAGGAAAUCAUUGCCAGUACAGCAUACUCUAUAUCUGGACUGGAAGCCUACACUACUUACAUGGUACAUGUGGGUUCUAAAACAGAUGGAGGUUUUGGUCAAGAAGGUACUGCAAAUAAUACCACUGACCAAGAUAUUCCUGGUUCUGCAAUAAUUACUUCGCUAGAUGUCAUAACGCCUUCGUCACUUUUAGUUAAAUGGCUCCCACCACCUCGGCCAAAUGGUGUUAUCACAAGAUACAAGAUUGAAUAGGGAUAUGGACAUCGAGUUGAUUCUACAGACCUGAAUUAUAACGAAACACAUUACAAAAUAACAAAUCUAACAGCUUGUGUCUUCCAUGAAAUUACCAUUAUGGCUGAGACUAUAAAAGGUUU